GUCAUCAUAAUGCGUCUGUCUCUCAGUCGCGGGCAGCAACAUGUGAAGAAAUCAUGGGUAAACAGCCCGUCUGACAUUUAAACGGUCGCUUUUCUGAAUUUGUUUUUCAUUGAAAGUGACGUCCAUGAGUAAAUGUGAAGGGUGACACUUAGUUUGAAUUCUUAAAGCAGCCGAAAGUGAGGUGGCCCCAAAGUCCAGUUAGCCAACUUAGCUUUACUCGGACCGUUACUUCUUGGUUGUUUAGCUAGCGUUUAGCUUGCUAACAACAUGGAUAAUACUGAAGAAAAUGCCAUUGAGCUCCACGGAGAUGAGGAAAUCGUUGAAGUCAUCGAUCUAAAUGACGAGGAGCCUGGUCCAGAUGAUUUAGCUGAUGACUUGGAGGACGUUGAUUUUGAAGAACCUGGAAACGCAGAGGAUAAUGAAGGCUGGGAGACAGAGGAUGAGAUGGAAGCUGAGGCAGAACAAGACGACAGUGAGCUCACCUUCUCCAAACACACAGGCUCAGUGUUCUGUGUGAGUUUGGACCCAGCAACAAAUAGCCUGGCUGUGACAGGAGGUGAGGAUGAUAAGGCCUAUGUUUGGAGGGUAAGCGACGGAGAGGUUCUGCUGGAGUGCACCGGCCACAAAGACUCUGUGACAUGUGCCAUGUUUAGCUAUGACUCUUCUCUGGUGGCCUCUGGUGACAUGAGCGGCAUGAUUAAAGUCUGGAAAGUAGAAACCAAGGAGGAGAUUUGGUCCUUUGAGGUUGGAGAUCUGGAGUGGUUGGAGUGGCAUCCCUGUGCUCCGGUGCUGCUAGCAGGAACAAACGAUGGCAGCGUGUGGAUGUGGAAGAUCCCUGGAGGAGACUGUAAAACCUUUCAGAGUCCUGCUUGCCAGGCCACCAGCGGCAAAGUCCUCCCUGAUGGUAAGCGUGCUGUGGUGGGUUAUGAGGACGGAACGGUACGGGUGUGGGACUUGAAGCAUGGAAAUGCAAUCCAUGUUAUUAAAGGUCAGGAUGGACACCAGGGGGCGCUGACCUGCCUAGCAUGCAACAAGGAUGGCUCUUUGGUGCUGACGGGUUCUGUGGACGGCUGUGCCAAGCUCAUCAACACUGCCACGGGCAAGGUGGUCGGAGCGUUUUCUGUGGAGGGAGGCAAAGCAAAGGGAUCGAAGGACAAGGAAGAGUCCAACUCCGUCGAGUCUGUAGGAUUCUGCAACAUCCUGCCUCUCAUCGCUGUGGCCUACUUGGAUGGGACUCUGGCCAUAUAUGACCUCUCAACACAGGUGCUGAGGCACAGGUGCCAGCAUGAGGCUGGCAUUGUUCACCUGCAGUGGGAGGAGUCUUCUUCUGUGGUGGCUACCUGCAGUUUAGACGGAGCGCUGCAUUUGUGGGACGCUCGCUCUGGUAACAUGUUGUCUGAGUACCACGGCCACGCUGCAGAGAUCCUUGAUUUCACCGUCAACAGGGAAGCAUCUCUGGCAGUAACCGCCUCAGGUGACAACCAGGCAAAAGUCUUCUGCCUCCAAAGACCUGAUCGGUAAAAGAAAGGCUGAGAACAAAGGGAAGAGGAGUGGAAAUGCACCAGGAAAAACAGACUUUUUGUUUUCUCACACUGAAAACAAAAUUGUACUUUUUUUUCUUUUCUGGAUUUUAAAUAU